AUGAUCAUCGCAACGCGUCUUUUAUCCACAUUUUCAUCCCAACUUACUAUUUCAUCCCUCCCACAAAAUGCUGUCAUUGUUGCUGCGUCGCGUACGCCUGUCGGAUCCUUAUACGGAUCACUCAAGACCUUGACCGCUCCCCAACUUGGCGCUGUCGCCCUCAAGCAUGCUUUCGAGCAGUCGAAAGUCGAUCCCUCAGUAGUCGAAGAGAUCUACUUCGGCAAUGUCGUCCAGGCUGGUGUCGGUCAAUCACCUGCACGUCAAGUAGCACUCGCUGGCGGCAUGAAGGUCUCAUCUGACGCUACCACUAUCAACAAAGUUUGUGCUAGCGGCAUGAAGUCGAUCAUGCUUGCUGCUCAAAGCAUAGAAUCCGGUUACAAGAGCGUAGUUGCCGCUGGUGGUAUGGAGAGUAUGAGCAACGCUCCUUACCUCCUUCCCCGCACGAACCCUCUGUUCGGAAAAUUCGAGACCAAAGACUCGGUUGAGACAGACGGUCUCUGGGAUGUCUCCAACAACUUCGCAAUGGGCAACUGUGCCGAGGCCACUGCAGAGAAGUACGAGAUCAGCCGAGAGUCACUUGACGAGCACGCAAUCGCCUCGUACAAGCGUGCUGAUCGCGCAUGGAAAGAGGGCGUCUUCAACGCCGAGAUAGCGCCUGUCACCAUCAAGGGCAAGAAGGGCGACACCGUCAUCAAGGAAGAUGAGGAGUACAAGAAAGUCAUCUUCGACAAGGUCCCCUCCCUCAAAUCAGCGUUCAAAGCAGGUGGCCGCAUCACUGCUGCCAACUCUUCAAACCUCAAUGAUGGUGCCUCUGCUCUGAUCUUGAUGUCAGCAGAGAAAGCAAAGGAGCUCGGCAUAAAACCCCUCGCCAAAGUGAUCUCAUACGCCGAUGCAGGUGUUGAGCCCAUCGACUUCCCCAUGGCUCCUGCCGUCGCUGUUCCGGAAGCACUAAAGAGAGCAAACCUGACUGUCGAUGAUAUCGCACGUUUCGAACUCAACGAAGCCUUCUCGGUGGUCGUUCGUGUCGCCGAAAAGCUCCUACAAAUCGAUCCCGCAAAGAUCAACGUUGAUGGUGGUGCUGUCGCACUCGGUCACGCGAUCGGAAACUCGGGUUCUCGUAUCGUGGUGUCCCUCAUCCACGCCCUAAAAUCUGGGGAGUAUGGUGCAGCAGGCAUCUGCAACGGGGGGGGUGCUGCUUCCGCCAUUGUCAUUCAAAAACUAUAG